UGGUGCUAUGGCUUUGCAGAAUGAUGUUUUAAUUAUAGCUAUUAUCAAACGAUUUCUGAAUUUAAGAUACUUAGAGAUUGGUCAUAAUGAUAUUGGUGAUGAGGUUAUUGAAGCACUCCAGCAUCUCGAACUUGAAUACUAUAAUAUUACCAGUACAACUAUCAGAGAAAUUGCUCGCUCAU